CCUGACGCUGGCGUGGAGCAGGGUCAUUACGCACGGGACAGCGCUUUGGAGAGGACUUAAAGAAUUUACUUUACGAAGUUACAAGUUGAGUCCGAGCCAUGCCGAGGUCCUUCCUGGUCAAGAGUAAGCGCGCGCACAGCUACCACCGGCCGCGCGCGCUGGACGAGCCGUGUAACGGACUGGACACGAUCCUGGCGCACGUGAAAGAAGAGUCCAGAUGUUCCAUGGGUGCCCUGCUCCACCAGACCCCGCUCACCCCAGGCUCAGUGUCCUGCAGCCCUCACAGCUGUGAGCCCUUGCUGGACUGUGACCUAUGGAGACCCCCCUCGCCCUCCUCAUCUCCAGACUCAGAAACCUGCUCUCCACUGGCCGCAGAUGAGAGCUCCCACCCCUCCUCUCUGUUCCCCUGGACUUUCUCUGAGUCGAACCUCAGUCACUUUGUGCGCGGAUCGUACCAUCCGCGGUUCUCACAGGGAAGCGCUGUGAUGGACUAUACCAUAGAGAGGGGCCCGUACCAGCACUAUGCACCGAGAACGUUCCCAUCGGAGAUCAAAACAGAGGAGGAGUUCACCAGCCCAGAGUCCAACGGCACAUACAAAUGCAUUAAGUGUUGUAAGGUGUUCUCCACUCCUCAUGGUCUGGAGGUCCAUGUGCGGCGUUCUCACAGCGGAUCACGUCCCUUUGAGUGUGGCGUCUGUGGGAAAACAUUUGGCCACGCGGUGAGCCUGGAUCAGCACAGAGCCGUGCACUCACAGGAGCGUAGUUUCAGCUGUAAGAUCUGUGGGAAGAGCUUCAAGCGCUCGUCCACCCUGUCCACUCACCUGCUGAUCCACUCAGACACACGGCCCUACCCCUGCCAGUUCUGUGGGAAGAGGUUCCACCAGAAGUCUGACAUGAAGAAACACACCUUCAUCCACACUGGGGAGAAGCCUCACAAGUGCCAGGUGUGUGGGAAGGCCUUCAGCCAGAGCUCCAACCUGAUCACUCACAGCAGGAAGCACACAGGCUUCAAACCGUUCGGCUGUGAUCUGUGCAGCAAAGGUUUCCAGAGGAAAGUGGACCUGAGGAGGCACAAGGAGACCCAGCACACCACCCAGUGAACCACCCACAUCCCCCACCCAGCCCCCCAAGUGAACAUCACACUCCCCUAAGUAAACCACCCAGAACCCACAACCAGUCCCCAAAAUGAAGCCCUCAAGAAGCCCCCAUGGUGAACAACACCACAGGUGAACCAGCCACCC